UCCCACCCGCGCCUCCUGCGCCAGGUCUCAGGUCUUCUCUUUCAAGCCGCCAAGGAUGCGGGUGUGGAGUUUGACUGCGUGUGUGAAAACCAGGUGCCGAUGCUCAUCCGGAGGAAGGAAGCAAAGGACUAUGGUACUAAGCGGAUGGUAGAAGGCACCAUUAAUCCAGGAGAGACAUGCCUGAUCAUUGAAGAUGUGGUAACCAGUGGAUCCAGUGUACUAGAAACUGCAGAAGUUCUUCAGAAAGAAGGAUUAAAAGUCACAGAUGCCAUAGUGCUGUUGGACAGGGAGCAGGGAGGGAAGGCCAGGUUAGAGGAACGUGGAAUUCGCCUGCACUCUGUGUGCACCUUGUCCAGGGUAUUGGAGAUUCUCCAGCAACAGGGAGAAGUGGCUGCUGACAUGGUUGAAAAGGUGAAGAAAUUCAUUCAGGGAAGUGUGUUUGAGCCAGUGGCUCAGAAUGGUCCUGCUCCCGUGAAGAGAAUCUGUAAGGAGCUGAGCUUCAGUGCUCGUGCCCAGCUGCCAGGGGUACAUCCUAUUGCAGCCAAGCUUCUCAUGCUCAUGGAAAAGAAGCAAACAAACUUGUGUCUUUCUGCUGAUGUCACCAGCUCCAAAGAGCUGCUGCAGUUAGCUGCCAUCCUGGGCCCCAGCAUUUGUAUCCUGAAGACUCAUAUAGACAUCUUGAACGAUUUCACCCAAGAGGUAGUAAAGGAGUUGAGAACACUUGCAGAUCGACACGAAUUCUUGAUUUUUGAAGACAGGAAAUUUGCAGACAUUGGAAACACAGUGAAACAUCAAUAUGAAGGUGGUGUGUUCAGAAUUGCAUCCUGGUCAGACAUUGUUAAUGCCCAUGUGGUUCCAGGCUCUGGAGUUGUGAAAGGUCUGAAGGAAGUAGGUCUUCCUCUCCAGCGUGGCUGUCUUCUGAUUGCUGAGAUGAGUUCCCAAGGGUCACUGGCAACGGGUGAAUACACAAAAGCUGCAGUACAGAUGGCUGAAGACAACUCUGAUUUUGUUUUUGGAUUCAUAUCUGGAUCUAGAGUUAGUAAUAAACCAGAAUUUCUUCACUUGACUCCAGGGGUGCAGCUGCAAACUGGAGGUGAUAACCUUGGACAGAAGUACCUAAGUCCCAAAGAAGUUAUUAGUGAAAAAGGUUCAGAUAUCAUUAUUGUGGGACGUGGCAUCUUGUCAGCUUCAGACCAUCUUCAGGAAGCAGAGAAGUACAGGAAGGCAGCGUGGGACAGCUAUAUGAGCAGGCUUGGUGCUCAUGCAGCAGAUUGAAAAGAGAACACUGUCCUAAUCCGUAAGCAAAGCUGAUGGGGCUGCAGCUGUGGUGAGAGUUCCAGUUAAAUACACA